CCGCAGUGACCUUGCGACCCGGCCACAAGCAUCUCCUCGUGCUGUACAUCGUCCAGCGGUCGUCCCGCGAGAUCUGUCCGUUGGACCGCGGUCGACGCUGAAUGGCCACAUGGCUGCUCAGGACGCCAUGGCUAUGCUUAUCGCGUCCCCGGUUUCGUUGGGACUGUCUGGCGUUGUCUACCGGCAGUAAUACCUGGUCGUCUAACCUGCUCUCGAAGCAUUACUUCAGCACUCCUUCGCUCUCUGAAGAGUCACCCGCUAUGCUCGAGAUGAAGCGGACAUCCUAUCCGAACACACCUCUGGAUACCUCGUUAUUCGAAGACACCACCGCUGAUUACUGUACCGAGCUUUCGGAAUGUGAACAAGGCGCUGACUCUGUCUGGCUCCCUGCGAACGCUUCCGACCUACUGUCGGCACUCGUGCGCGAGGCCAGAUUCGACGACGCGAACCGAGUGCUUGCAGAGCUCAAGGAGAUGGGCCAGUAUGUGCAGCCUUCCUCUCUGUAUUUAAAAUUUGCUUUGCAUGCCCUACAGCAAGAAUACAAAGACCCCCGUGACCGACUGACUGCGUUCACAAAGUGGUGGGAUUUGAUACCGGACGCAUCAUCUCACGACUCGGUCUCUUCUAGCAUCUUUAAAGUCCAAGAUGCUUUACUACAUGACUCUAUACCCGAUCUUCCGGUCUUGACGCAGUUCGCCAUCUCCAGUGCACAGAAGGGCUAUGCUACCGCUAUCAGCUCUCAGCUGGUGUCUCUACUCAUCGCAUAUGCCUCUCCUGCCAUCAGCUCGGUAUUUAUGAGCACCUUGCACGACAGUGCCGCGAAGGCUCUGCAAAAGGCAAUUGCGUCUGUUCCUGCCGACAUCGCCGAUCGCGUCGAAAUCGAACACGCAGCGGUUAUGGAAGACUGGUAUAGCAACGCUGUCAUUAGCCACUGCAUAGCUGCGCGAACAGACCAUGCAGUCCAGCUGUUACAGACCGCGCGCAAGCGCCAGGUCUCUAUCACUCCACGGGCAUACAACACAGCGUCGCGCAAGCUGAAGGAGAUGCUAGACACGCGAAACUUAUCGAUCGUCGAGAGUCUCCGCGCAACGGCCGAAAAGCCUCUUCACGAAAUCCGAACCAGACAAGCUCGCUUCAACCCCCACUACGCGCCGCCCACCGAGCUCCCAACGAGCAUACCAGAGGGAGCCACCGUCGACCUCGCCGCAGCGCUACGCAUCAUCCGCAAAAGCCUCCGUCCCUCGCGCUACCCCUCCCCCGCCGCGCUCGCGAUCUUCAUGACCGUCUACAAAGCCACUGGGCGCACACUCGCCCUCCGCAUCCUCCGCACGCGCUCCUACCGGACCUUCCCGACGACCUCCAUGUGGGCGCUCGCCGAAAUGCUCUACCACCUCCGCCGCGACGAGAACUUGCUCCUGAUAAACGUAUUCACGCACCACUUCCACUUCGUCGCCGUGCCGAGGCGGAUGUGGAAAUAUCCUAGGCGGGCGGCCAGUCGUAUGAAAAAGGACGGGAACGUCCCCAGAGAAUCUCUGCCGCUGCUUCCCUCACAGCCAUUGCAGCAGAAAUUGUGGCCGUCGACGCACCACACCGCGCUUGUGUGGCGCGCCGUGGCGGAGAUUAUGUCGACUCCGAUCGCGCUCGAAGGGCUCUAUCGGGAGUUGCUGGAGCAAGUGGACACUGCACAGCGCGCGGCUGCUCUCCCCUCUCAGCGCACCACUGACGACAUAGAAAGCGAUCCGCAACGCCCGGCUGACGCUCCCCUGGGGACAGGCGAAAGCCAGGAUAUACCAAGCAGCGAGCAGGCCUACCCCUCGCCCAUUGCCCCCUCGUCCAUGUACGACUCCGCGCACUUCAACGUCUUUAUCCAGGCGUUCGGCGCGCGGUUCGGCCCAUCGCGCGCCGCGCAGGUGAUCUCGGACAUGUACCGCCUCGGCAUCAAGCCCGGCAUCGAGAGCCUCACGACGCUUGCCGCAGUGUUCGCGCGCUUCGGCGACCUCUGGAAACUCACGAGCCUCCUCGACCGCAUGGAAGCGGGCGAGGGCUCUGCACGUUCGAGCCAGACGCUCCCGCAGCCGAAUAUCGUCACGUACACCGCGAUCAUCUCAUGGUUGCUCAAGACGGGACGCUACAGAGAUGCGUCGGUGAUCGCGCUUCGGAUGAAGGCGAGGCUGGACUAUCAGCCCGGUAUGAACCCCCUCACGGAUGCAGCCCUAGCCAAUUUGGACCUCGCGCUCCAGUUCAGCUCCCUCAAGCAAGAUGACCCAAGAGACAAUGUCGUCCUACCGCAACUGCAAGUGUUGUCUGCUUGAACUCGCUCCAUGGCACUGCACCAACGUCGUUGCAAUCCGAUACCUUUGUCUUACCGCUUGGCACGGCUCGCUGCUUCCCGGGUUCUGACAGCAUGGCCACCAGAUAUUGUUACCGGAAACCAUGCGACGUGCAUUCAUUAGUCUUACCGCAGGGCAUGUCCCCGGGGGGGGGGGGGUUGUUCCGAUAUCAGGAUGCCGUGGAAGCGGGAGGCCAGGGCACUGGAGAGCGGCAUGCACCGGAGGCGAUAAGAACCCGUCUGAGA